AUGCAAAUUCGACAUUUUUACAUUGUUUGUUUCUAUCUAUUUAUCUAUCUAUCUAUCUGUAUAUAUCAUACUUUUCAUAUCUAUCCAUAUGUAUACAGCAUGGUUUUCAUAUCUAUCUAUCUAUCUAUCUAUCUAUCUAUCUGUAUAUGUCAUGGCUUCCAUAUCUAUCUAUAUAAUGCUUUUCAUAUCAAUGCAUAUGUAUAUAUUAUGCUUUUCAUAUCUAUCUUUUGCCUAAUUCGUCUUUCUUUCAUUUUUUUCUUUCUUUCAUACUUUUUCAUUUUUAAUUUCCUUCUUUCAUUUUUACUUUCAUUCAUUAUUUUUCGUUUUUCUUUCAUUAUUUCAUUCUUUCAUUAUUUCAUUCCUUUUUCUUUUUUCUUUCAUUCUUUUUCUCUUUCUCUCUUUCUUUCUUUCUUUCAUUUUUACACUAUUUCUUCUUUUUUUGGAUUUCUUUCAUUUUUACUUACAGUAUUUCAUUCUUUUUUCUUUCUUUCCUUCUUUUUCUUUCAUUAUAAACCUCUCUUUCGACAUAAACACCCCUACCAUCUUUCAAUACGUACUUCUCAUUCCACCUUCUCGUCCCGACUCACUCACUCUCUAUCUCUCUCUCUCUCUCUCUCUCUCUCUCUCUCUCUAUUUUUCGCACAUUUAUAUUACUUUUCACAUUAA